GACAGAGGGAGGGACGUCUCCUGAGUCAGGACAGUGACGUGCUGUAUGAUUCAACUUUCAUAUUACUCUAACACUUCUAGGUAACUCUGACCAGAUGUACAGCUGAUCUGAGGGGAGAUACUUGCCUACAGUGGAUCAUUAAACACAGCCAUAAGUGAAAUCAGCCACAGCCACGCUCUAGCAGUUUGUCUCAGUUCACUGUCUUUCCGUGCCAGCGUUCACUUCCAGCCUAUCUUCAAGUUAAUCUCCAGCCUGAAGUCAUGAGGAAGAAGACAGUGAACUUGUUGAACAAGGUUGUCAUGUAGUUUCUGGAGAGAGAUGCUUGGAGAAAAAUGCUGUAGGACUCAAAGCUUCAGUUCUCAGCCAAGAUGUUUGUGCCUGGAUGGAUUAUGUGGUGUGUCUUACUGACUCCACACAUGUCAGCCCGUGGUUUGGAGAUUUCUGGAUAUGACAGCCAUGAAGUCAUUUGCUCACAGGGUCUGUCUGAUUGCACCAUGAAGGAUGAGCUGCUUCUUAUUGUGACAGAGAGUAAUGCUGUGGAUGUCCGAAACCUGACUCCAUCUUUUAAGCUUUGCUGCAAGGAAACGGCGCCGUGUACAUUAUGUCUGGUGAUAGACGCAGAGAUCACCAUCAAUCCGGAUAAAGACAUGGAGAAGGAAGGCCACUCCGGGCAUGAUGAAGAGGAUUACAGCGAGGAGAUGGAGAGGAAUCCAAAAGCGUCUGUGACGGUGUGUUACAGUGCAGUGUCUAGCAUGCCCAUGUGCAAGAAGGUGGAGUUUACGGUUAAUCACACAGCUCUCGCUCAGCCAAACCAGGCAAAGUUCUCCAUGGUGAUCACUGAGCCACCUGGGGUUUCCUACAGCAGUCAUGUGAUGGUUUAUUUUUCUAAACCAUCACAUCUAAGUCGAGAAGUUGUUGUUCCCUCUCUAGAUGAAGUGUGCUCCCUGGAGCUGAAGGAACGUGUAGAGGAGUGUCGUGUGCCCAGACUCAGCAGUGUAAUUAACACAGAGAUGAAUCAGGUGGAGCUGCAGUUUGGCAGAAAUGAAAGCCUCCCCUCUGUGUGCAUCCAGUAUGAGCAGAAUGGAAGAUGUCAGAAAUGGAGCAGGACGACCAUCCCACUGGACUCUGUGACCCCCUGCAUGUGUCUCAAGGUGUGGGAUGAGGAUGACCAGAGGUCAAGGCGCUCUCUCAGCUGCCCUUUCACUAACACAGAUUUCCUCCAAAGGCACGUGUGGCAGAAUGUGUCAGUGUCUGUAAACCAGGGUCAAAUGAUCAACCACCACACAAUGCUGCUGUGGAACCUGUCCGCCCCCUGCAGGCUGGAGGGUGAAGUGUGGCCCUGCUUCAAAGAGAGCAGCUGCCGGGAGAUGAAGGGCUUUAGACAGCAGCUGGCAAAUGGCACAUGGAGACAAAACAGCAAGGGGUUGUGGGAGAAAAUGGGGGUGUUUGAAGACAUCAACCUGCAGCUCUCACCAUGUGUGAUGGUGAAAGUAAAAGGAAUGGGACAUGAGCUGGGUCCGUUCUGUUUUAAGAACACUGACAGGCACCGCUGGAGUCUCCUGGUUGUUGGUGUCAUGCUGCUGGUUUGCUUGACUAUGCUCGUAGUUUAUCUCCUUCAUGACUUCGUCAAGAAAUGUGUGGGGCACUGCCGUUAUGUUGGCAGAGAGGGUCAUGUGGUGCUGCUGAGCCCCCCUGAUAUGGACGAUGGUGUUUCGGAGUCAGUGUGUCGACUUGGCUCCCAGCUCCGUACCCAGGGCUUCAGCGUGUCUGUGGACCAGUGGAGCAGAAAGGAGCAGUGCAAUCUGGGGCCUCUACCGUGGCUACACUCACAGCUGCUGGAGCUGAACAGCCAGGGUGGCCGAGUUGUGCUCGCCUUGACCCCCAAAGCCUUGAAGAAAGUGGAGGAAUGGACCCGUCUGAGCAAAGACGUUAUCAAGACGAAAGGGGAAGACAAGGGUCUCCCUCAGAUUUGUUCCCCUUACUCUGAUGUGUUCACGGCCUCCCUGUGCCUCAUUGAAGCGAACAAGCGGCUGGGCAGAGCCAAUGAACGUUUCCUUCUGGUGAAAUUUGACUCCCAUCACAUCAGUGACGAGAGUCUACCAGAGCUUUUUCAGGGGCUGCCCCUGUUCAAGUUUCCCUCUAAGACCCAGGCUCUCCUGUCUGCGCUGACAGUGGGAGGAACAGAGAGGGCAUCAGGGAAAAGGACAUGGACAGGGUGGAAAUGGAGUGGCUCAGAUGGAUGGAGAGCAAGGACUAAAGAGGAACAAAACCAGCAGAAGGACUCAUGCAGUAAAUAUGUUGGAGAUGAGAAAAACUUGGAGACAAAGCCUUUGAAGUGCCCAUAAAUUAUUGUUGCACAUUAUCGCUGCUCUGCUCAUAUGAAGGAUACGUUCAUCCAAACUGUGGAUGAGACUGGACAUUAUUAAAGGCUGGCAAUGAUCUAUAUUGUGGUUAUCUCCACCAGGCAAAAGACUGGAGGAGAUCGUGUGUUUGGUCGUGCAUGUGUGUGCGUGUCAAACUACUGGACCAGUCAGCCUAAUAUGUUGUAUGCACAUGUACAGUAUAAGUGUAUGCUCAAGGACCUCUUGUGGUUGUGGUGAUUAACACUUGUGAAAAAACCUGUUUGACUCUUUUACACCGUCACUGACUCCACACUCCUCUUAACCAGCCAGUAGGGGCUAAAAGUUUUCUUAAAAUCCGCUCAGCUAAAAAAACAAGCUUUACCAUCUUACCAUCAUCCUGGCUCAAAAACUGACAUCCAUAGAAAAGUUUAGUCUCAUUUUGGGCCCUAGCAUUUGCAGAUUAACCCAAUAUGUCAUGAUCCACUAAAGUUAGGCACAUGAUGAGAUGAAUUACGCCCCAUUUUUGUUUUCUUCACCACCAUCUUGACUGUAAGGGAAACAAUAGGGAUAAGUCCUCCACAGUCCUUCUGCAACCUGGUUCUGUUCUGUCUGCCGUAUGGCAUCAUACCACACCGGCAGCAUGUCAGAGGCGGAGCAUUUUCCCAUGAAAUGACCAACAACAAUACAUUAGUUCGUCUCUUCCAACUUUACUUCCCUGUCUGGAGUUUUCAGCCCCUAACCCGUUUAUAUUUACCAAAUAUGUUAAGUAAUUUCCUAAGGAUCUGCUGGACUGGAUGCUGUAGUCUUUAAGCAAACAUUACAAUACAAGUAAACAGUGUAUUUGUUGGGGACUAUUUUUCAGCUGUGAUGAUAUGUAUUGAUUCUAUGUGCUUGUGAACAUCUUAGGUAGCAGGAUGUAUUUAUGGACCUCAAAUAUCACUGCUGUGAAUGUAAUGAAGUGUUUUUAAUCAUUUAAAAAACAAUGGAAGGCUAUGGCAAAGAGGAAUAAGUUAUAUCAGGCUGUUUAUUUUGGUCCUUUUAUUGUAUUUGUUCAUUGUAAAAAAAAAAAUAUAUAAUAAUACAUAUAAUAUGAAGCCUAUAUAUGAAAUAUGAAAAGAAUUCUCCUUUAAGCUGUAAAAUGUUUAACCUAAAAUCACACAGACUCGUUGUAUCCAUGUACUGUAUCUGUCAGCACUUGUCUAUAAAUAAAUAUGCUUAUUUUUGUGCACAGCAGA